AUGAUGACAAUCGGUGGAUUUUGGUGAAGAGUAAAUGAUAAAACAAAGUAUUAGUUUAGUGCGUUUGCCCACUGUAUGCUUUAAAUUUAUUAGUGUGAUUCAUCCAAAAUGCAUUCAAUUAUUUUGAUUGCAUUUCUGUCCAUGUCUCUACAUAUAUUUGUUUGCAAUGGAUUUAAAUCCACAGGUGUAAACUUUUGUCAAUUAGGAGAAGUCAAAGACCGUUAUUCAGAUGGCGUCUUAUAUGCACAUCUAAAUGCCUCAAAUGACGUCAUUAAAGAUGCAAACAAAUUCGUUGCAUUUUCUUGCAUCUGUGAUGUAACAGCGGAAGAAAACGUGGACAUUUUGACAAUCCGUUCGGACGUCUUACCAGCCACGGACACCUGCACAAAACGUUUUGACAUCACUGCAAAUACGACAUCACUUUAUACAAACGGAAAGCUCGGCUGCUUUACAGAACAUCUGGAAAUACAUGCGUUGAAGAAAGGGGAAAAGGUCACUAUUGUCAUGCAUACGACUACGGAUGAACUAAAAUCUGGGUCAGCGGACGUUUCCGUGUUGUACAUUGUUCCAACCCCGGGAGUAACCCUCCGAUUACAAUGUCUUCCACCGACCCGUCCGUCUAGCGUCAGUUCAAAAUUUCCCACGUCGUCUACCUCGUCGUCAACUAUGAAUCCAACGACGUCGACGUCAAAGAAAAUUAUUGUAUCAGACGCCGUUGGCACAGGUGUUAUUGUUGGCGUGGUUAUCGGACUAGGUCUGUUUUUCCUGGUCCUUAUUUCUUGCCUUCUUCUAUUCAUCGCCAGGCGUGGUAGUCAAAGAGAAAAUAAAGACAUCAAAACCUCGCCCGAGAAACCAACAACGAACCAAAGAACCCGAGUUCAUCAUCGCCUGGUAAGAACGAUGACUGAUAUGUAUGAUAAGAUCAAAACUAGACCACUCCCCAGUAUUCCAAAGUCGUUCAGGCGUCAAGGAAGGGCCAUGCAGCUCGGCCCCACGGAGUCCGGAACUUAUGCUAGUUUACGGUUGGAUUUCAAUGCAGCAUGUCCAAAUGGCCACCCUUCUACUGACCUGAUAAAUAACAACGAAAUUAUGACAACGGGGAAAGAAAGUGGAAGCCGCAAUGAUAAAAAAGAUGUCCAUAAACUAGAAUCAAAAUAUUCGUGCAAUUCUGACACGUCAUAUAUUGAACCUGCUGUACCAAUUGUAAUACAAACAAACAAAGUCAGUGAGGAAGUUUCAUCUACAUAUAUCACACCAUUCAGUGGGGAGAAUGGUGAAGACAAUAUUGGAGUCGUUGCAAGUGAGAAAGGAUAUCGGUCAAAUGACAGCCCUACUCAUUUGAGAAAUACGUCUGGAGACGAAAAUUACAGCAAUGGCAUUUCUCAUACACAACUGAAAUUACAAAACGACACUUUUUACAAACAGGACUCGAAUUACACCACACCUGAAGGAGAGUCAACACAUGAUGAGAUAUACGUAAACACUGGGAUUAAAGACAAUGUUGAAGACAUAUAUGAGAAUACAAAAGCUGAGGUAUUGAAUAAACAGCAAGUGAUACAAGUUGACAGUAAUGGUUAUGCUCCAAUGAAUGCCAUACCUCUUAGAAUUUCGGACAAAACUAAAAAGGGCGAAAAUGAAAAUAAAUGUAUAGACACGAGUAAAGCGACUGAUGCAAAGGACCAAUUCCUUGACGGAUAAAUUAAGAACGACAGCAGUACAUUUGAACAAGAUAUGGCAAGUAAUAACAAUGGGCGAACGUUUCAAGGCAGUGGUGACAAUCUGUUUCCAAAUUUAAUGGAAUUCAAGGGAUGAGAUCCUAGUGUGAGGCAAUCUGAUUAGACUGCCAUGAAUGUUGAAGCUAAUGAUUCACUAAACAAAGACAAUGUGAAAACCAAAAGACAUGUGCGAUCAGAUAAUACAAAGGUGAAUACAUACGGGUUGUACGCAAAUAACCACUCGUAAUUAAUAUUAUUCGGUAAAGUAUGCUUAUAUAUAUAUUGGUAUGUUAUUAAUGUGUUGAUAUUUGUAACUGUUGAUUGAUAGAAAUAAUAUGUACUGGUGUACUUUUAUGCCGACAUCAUUGUCAUAGUUUAAAGCCCGCUGCUUAAGGAGCUACUUUCCGCGAGUUUGGGCCUUCGGGACAUAAUUAAAUAGUCAUUAACAAUAUUGCCAUAAUUAAUAAAUGUUUUAAUGUG